AUAUAUAUAUAUAUAUAUAUAUAUAUAUAUAUAUAUAUCGUCAUUCUCGUGCUUUCGAAUGCCUCCGCUUUUACAAUUAUAGUCAAAGAUCACAUUGAUUCGUUUAUUGCGCUCGAUAUUUUAAAUGCGAUCACUUGAUACGACGACGACUCUUCAAAUACACAUGGAGACACGUCCAAAUUUAUAUAUAUUCGUCUCCUAAUGCACGAUAUAUAUUAUACGUUUUCGAUAAAUACUAUUUUAUUGAGUACGAAGAGGUUAAAUAUGAUAGUGCAUCAUAAUCUGCAAAACCGAAAAAAAAAAAGAGAAAAAAAAAUUACGAAAAAAUAUCAAACGUAUCCCUUGACACAUACACACAUUUUAACCGACGAGAAUUCCGGAGGAAGUCACACGUGACACUAGAAUCGCUAGAGAAAUGCAGGAAGAGACGAGAAGAGGAGACAGCUAGUGUGUACGUCGCUCUAACAAAAAACUAGGAUUCUACGUGGAGAAAUUCUUAUUUCAGGCGAGUAUCUCUUCAAUCUAUGUUGUUAAUCUACGAGACAAUUAAUAUUUAUUAGUUUGUAACUAUUUCUUCUUUUUUUUUUCUACUUUUUUUCUUUUUUUUUUUUCUCUCCCCUUUUUUAUGUAUGUUAUUAUAUACUCAACAUGUAAUCACAUACAUAUAUUCGUUUUACAUAAUUCCUAUUUAUAUCUCGAAGACGUUGAUCGAUUGUGACGUCACUUUUUUGACGUUAGAUCUUUAUUUUGUUCAUCGUCUUUACGUGGGGAUAUUAAUUAACUCGUGAAUUUUACUCGAUUGCAACGUUCAAUACGAGUAUACUUGUCUAUUUAAAUUUUGCUCGUUUCUUUAAAGAACAAAGGAAAAAGAAAACGAGCAUUUCCAUUAAUUUUAUUUACGUUGAAAUAUCGAAUUACGUUAACCUCGUACACACACGUGGCUUGCAUUUUGCGCCAAACGUUAAUCUAUAUAAGAUAUUUAUAUUUCGCGCGUUACUGCGCUUUCGCGCCACUUUUUAUUUGGCAGCGAUAGUAGCGCACAAGUUUCAACGUAUUUCCGCUUUCCGAGGUUAACGAGGAACGUGUUUUGCGAUAACGAUUUCGUUUGUAAUUUUUUACGAACUUAACGUUAUCUCCGUCGGUUUGUCCUGUAUAUUUGUUUAUUUAUUUAUUUAUUUAUUUAUUUAUUUUUUUGUUUUUUUCUUAACACCUCCCCCUCAAUAAAAAUGUGAGCGCAUUUGACUGUUAUAUUAUUCUGUAAACCGUCGUCGAAGCGUUAAGACGUACCUUUUGUACGUUUUAGUGUUCAGUCGCGAGGUUACAGUGAAAAGAAGUGUAUAAAUAAGAAAAAAUUAGUGAAGCUGUCCAUUUUGAGAAUUACCAGUCGAAGAUCACCCAAGAAAUGGCAUACCAAAGGUGAGGCUUUGUUCUUUUUUAAAUAAAUAAUUUUAUAUUUGACAUAUUUUUCAUAUAUCUAUCUCUUUCAAGGAUUGAAGAAGACCAGAGGGCAUUUUUUUAAAAUUUCGCUUUUAGUAUCGGGUCAUGCUGCAAAGUUUUUGUACUACUUUGUGUUGUUGUUUUUUCUUUUUUUCUUUUUUCUUUUCUGUUUUAUUUAUUUUUUUCUUUUUCUCUCUAUUUACUUCUCAUCCUUUUCUCUACAUGUACACUAUCUUCUUCCCCUCGCAGUUUCCCGUACAGAAUAAAACAAUUCGAGCUAAUCAUAAGUUAACCUCGGGUCGAUAAAGUAGACAGUGACUUUUCCAACUUCGCACAUGUGCUCUCGUUUUCCAUGUGUUUUAUAGAUAUAUAUAUAUAUAUUUUUUCAAAUAAUUCAGCAACACCUACGCACUUUGCACGAUGAUCACUUUGCAGAAAUGAUACACUUACACGGAUACACAUACACGCGGAUAACACAGAAAAACACGUAUUCAAGCAGCUAAUCUCUUUUCUACCUCCUUUUUUCUUUUUUUUUACUUUUCUCUUUCUAUUUCUAUUUCUCUCUAUCUAUCUAUCUAUCUAUCUACCUAUCUCUAUCUUUGGCUCACUGUCUGUUGCAAAAUCAAAGCAAGCAAAAGAACACGAAGAAUCAAAUGUGAAACAAAAGGCACACCGUGUGCGUGUUAAACGAAGGUUAUUUCUCUUUGCCGCAAUAUCUUUGGCUUUUGUCGAUUUCAGGGAUGGAGUAGGAGGUGGAGGAGGAGGAGGAGGAGGAGGAGGAGGUGGAGGUGGUGGCGAAACCUUUGGAGGAUUAUCGGGGAUGCUACGUCAGAUACUCUCACCGUCGCCUUCACCCGAGACGGGAGAGGCCGGUAUGACGGCGAUCGGUUGUAAUUUUCUCCAGGCAAAUUCGAUCUUUUCGAAUCAAUCGUCGAUGAUGCCAUCGACGUUAUCCUCAGCGACAUUGCAAACGAUACCAUCUCAUCUCUCGAUGAUCUAUCCGGAUCAAGGUGGUCUUCUGAUGGAUCAGUCGCAGCUCGUCCUCCCGGAGUCCCAUCCCUGUCCUACCUGUGGCCUUGAGUUUCGUAGCGCUCUGAAGUUAAAUUAUCACGUGAAAACGAGUCACCCAAGGCCGCCGGAGUACGAGCAGCAAAACGUCGAAAUUACGGCGAGAUACUCGUGCUCCGUCUGCCCGAGGAGUUUCUUCGUUCUUGCGCACCUAAGAAUGCACGAGACGACGCACGAGAUCGCACCACAUUCCUCCUCGGUGUUAGGUGCAUCCUCGUCGAACGUGCCUACCUCUCGUGGUGCAAAUUCUGCUACCGGAUUGAUGUCCGGCAUGUCCGUCGUCGUACCAGCUGGUGCUGCUGCUACAGGCAACGUAGAGAAAACUUUUGGCUGUGACCGUUGUCCAGCAAGUUUUCGAUACCGUACACUAUUGGAACGUCAUAGAAGGAUGCACGAACUCGGACAGGAGAAACCUUACUCUUGUCCAAGAUGUCUCAUGCGUUUCGAGACGCGUAAUCUUUACAAUCAUCAUGCUAAAACUCACAAGCCUAGCAUCGAUAUCAACGACAGACUCGCAGCAGACAGCAAUGCGGUCUCUCUAACAGAUCCUACCCUUACGGUUACCGGGACUAACCCUUCUGUUGUCGGUUGUCCUCCAUCUACAACAGUUGUCGCUGCUAAUGCCAACAAAUCGUUGACAACGGCCUCUUAUCCUUGCGACUCCUGUUCGAAACAAUUUGCCACCAUUGAAUCCCUCACCAGUCACAAGGCCGUACACAGAUCCAGACCAUUGGUUUGCGAUGUUUGCGGCAAGGGUUUCACUCAUCGCAAGUAUUACGUCGUUCAUCAACGCAUUCACACCGGCGAGAGGCCUUAUUUAUGCGCCAUGUGUGGUAAAUCAUUUACUCAAGCGUCCACCCUCACGGUUCAUCGUCGAUAUCAUACUGGAGAACGACCUUAUACUUGUACGCUUUGUGGGAAGGGAUUCGUUACGAGAACUAUCAUGCUCAAUCAUAUGAAGAAACAUUGAAAAGGAUAUUCUGUCUAAAGAGUUGUUUCUCGUGAUAGCUUAUGAUGCAGCUAACGCGUUGAGGAUUUUUUUGUUAUAUAUAUAUACAUAUAAUUUCUAUAAUAUAUAUGUAUAUAUUCCAUAUAUGUAUAUAUAUAUAUAUAUAUAUAUAUAUAUAUAUAUAUAUAUAUAUAUAUAUGUGGAAAGAUAAGGAAGUUCAAGGUAAGAAAAAUUGAUGAAGAGAUUAACUUUAAAAUUAUAUUUCAUUUGAACGUUUCUUUUAUAUUAAUUGCAUAUUCGAAGUACCUGGGAUUAUUGUUUUUUAUAUAACAAUCUUAACUUUAUAAGAGAAAGUUAUAUGGACUGUAACAGGUUGUAAUAGUUGUAAUGCAAAAUCGUAAAAGAAUGAGAUAAUUAUUUAAUAUUUAGAUUGUAGUGUGAAUAUGAUCUCUGUGAUAUCGAUUGAGAUGCCUCUAUCAUAUUAUUAUACAAUCGAAUGUGAAAUUUUUAUCGUUAAAAUUGAGAGGCAUAUAUUGAAAUAUAUGUUUAGAUAAAAGUGAACAAAAAAAAAAAGGAAUAACAAAAGAGGAAUAUUAAUGAAGAAUACAGAGUAAUAUACGUUUAGGUAAUUAUCUCGCUCGAGUUUGUUAGUUACUCGCGAGAAUGGUAUUUCGUACCUGUGUAGGAUAUAUUGAAAUUUCAUUUGUAGUUUAACGUGCCUAAGACAUGUGCCUAAUUUUUCUUAUUAAUCUUAAAACAUCAUGUGCAUUAAAAGUAAGAAAUAUAUUGGAAGGAACACGCGUUUUAUGUACGCAACUUAUGAGAUUAGACGAAUGGGAGAUUUAUAGAGUUUUAAAUGCAAUUUAACUUCAAAGUGCAAUAUAUACAUAAAAAUAUAUAUAUAAAUAUAUAUAUAUAUACACACACACACGAAUUUAAGACGUUUUUAGGUUUAAACCGCAUAGUAUCAUGAUAGUCGAACAAAAAAUAAACUAUCGACAAAUUUAGGUGCUUUUCAUGACUGCAAGCGGUACAAAUCUUAUCGCUAUAAUACACUAAGUGGUUACAAAACGUAAGUAUAAAAAUGUUUAUACAUUUGUACCUAAUUAAUUAAUAUCUAGCGACUGCAGGAAAAAAAAUGAUACAAUUAUAUAUAUAUAUAUACACACACACACACACAUAUAAUCUGUGGUGAAUUAUCGUUAAAAACAUUUUUCAUCACCAAUCGAUGUAUCUUUUAUGUCGGAUUAAAGUUAUCGUAAAUGUUAUAUCGUAAAUAUACACGAAUAUGUAUUAUUUAUUUAAUUUAAGUUCGUAACAUAAACAGUUAUGAAUCAUAAAUUUUAAUAAAAAUAAGAAAGAAAGUGUUCUAUUGUUGAAAAGCGCGUCGGUAAAGUCACUUGCGAUUAUCGACCAACGGUAAUAACUCGUAUCUAGGAUAUCUACUAUAUCAAAGAAAUGAAAGUAAUUUUCAUUUUGUUUCUUCGAUCAUCGUGUGUUAUAUAUGGUUUUAUAUAUUAUUUAAUAAUAUUAACAAAUAUUUUUCAGUUUCGUGAUAAUAGAUGGCUAAACAGAUCUAAACUACUCUUUACGAUGAAUAAAUAAAUAUACAAGAUAA